AUGUCGAUUAUAUUUAUACUUAUGAUUAUCAUCAUUUUGGGUGGUAGUAAUUAUUUUUUUCCUUACGUUCAAACAUCUGAAGAUGAAAAUCGUCUUAUACAUUAUUUAUUUUCUGAACAAGGUUAUAAUCCACUUGUACGACCAACUCAAUAUUCAAAUGAAACUGUUGUUGUAUCAUUUGGUCUUUUAUUAGUACAAUUAAUUCAUGUCUAUGAAAAAGAACAAAUUAUGAAAACAAAUACAUGGUUACAUAUGAAAUGGUAUGAUUCACAAUUACGAUGGAAUCCUGAUCGAUAUGGAGAUAUUCGUCAAAUUAGUGUUCCUUUUACAAAUGUUUGGACACCAGAUGUUGUUUUAUUUAAUAAUGCAGAUGGAAAUUAUGAAGUACCAUUUAAAUCAAAAGUAGUUCUUGUACAUACAGGUGAAGUUCAAUGGGUUCCACCAGCUAUCUAUAAAUCUUCAUGUCGUAUUGAUGUAAAAUUUUUUCCAUUUGAUACCCAAGAAUGUGAAAUGCGUUUUGCAUCAUGGACAUAUAAUGCUCGAGAAGUAACAUUUGCAAAUUAUCCCGAAGAACAAGAAAAAACAGUUGAAAUAAAUACAUUAUUACCACAACAAGCAAUCAGUGUAACUAGUGAUGAAACAUAUAAAGAUGAUUAUCUUGAAAGUGGUACAUGGGAUGUUAUUAGUAUUCCAAGUAAAUUUGUUCAUUAUCGUUCAAAUGCUUCAAGUUUAGCACCUGAUUAUAUUGAAAUAGUUUUCUUAAUUAAAAUGAGUCGUAAAACAUUAUAUUAUACAGUAAAUUUAAUUGUUCCAACAGGUUUAAUGGGUAUUCUUAUAUGUAUUGUAUUUUGUUUACCUACAGCAGCUGGUGAAAAAAUGACAUUAUGUAUGUCAAUACUCUUAGCAUUAAAUCUUUUUCAACUUCUUGUUACAAAAAUUUUACCACCAACAUCAGCUGUUGUUCCAUUAAUAGCCAAAUAUUUACUUUUUACAUUUACACUUAAUGUUCUUGUUAUUGUGAAUACAGUAAUUAUAACAAAUUUUUAUUAUCGUACACCAAUGACACAUUCAAUGCCUUUGUGGUUACGACGUAUUUUUUUGCAUAUACUUCCACGUUUAUUAUGGCUGGAAUCACCAAUACUUCGAGAAAGACGUGAAGAUUAUGAACUUUCAUUAGCUGUUAAUAAUAUUGAUCAAUCAGUUAUUCUCGAAAAUCCUUUGCAUACAAUAAAUGAAACAAUUAAUAAAAAGCAAAGAACAAAACCAAACCAUGCAGAUAAGGAUCGUCAAAUACAUCGUGAAUCAAAUACUUCCUUUCUUGCUUAUGUUAAUGAUAAACGUCGAACAUCAACAAUUCUUAUACCACCAAUUUCACAUUCAAAACAUCAUCAUCAUCAUCAUCAUUAUCAAAAAGAAAAACAAAAAUUUCUUCUUGACGAAGGAAAACGUCUUAUCCCAAUUCAUUCUAAUCGAGAUUCUAAUUAUCAUUAUCAUCGAAUACAAAUUCAAGAAAUGCGACGAGAAUUAAAACAAGCUCUUGAUAAUAUUCGUUAUAUAGCUGCACAUUGUGCACAUGAAUCAUUAAUUGAAUCUAUACGUGAUGAAUGGAAAUUUAUUGCAACUGUUAUUGAUCGUCUUCAAUUUAUUAUCUUUUUAACAGUAACAAUAAUUGGAUCAUUAACUUUACUUUUUCAAGUACCUCAUAUAUUUCGACUUGGUUCAAAUACUUCUGGAACACUUGUACGAUUUUCAAAUCCUAAUACGACUAUUCAUGAACUAAUUCCAAAGACUUGA